CAUUUUUCCGUCGGACGGCGAGGCGUUCGUUCGAUCGUUUGUUCAACGUCAUCUUUUAUUCCUGUAAUGUCUGAAUUUUGUGUUCCACAUGCUUAGGGGUAACCGAAAUAAGAAAAAAUCCAAGAAUCCCCGCACAAGAAGAAAAGUCCGAGCAACCGCAGACGUAAAUGUAAACUAGAAAGUGUGAUCGGAGUCGCGAGGUGUCUCGUCCGUCCGGUUCAAACUAGAUUAGGGCAGUUUGAAACUGGAAUUCGGGCUCCCUUUCCAUAGUAUUCGUUUAUUUAAAGUUUUGGUGUUGUGCAAAGACAUUAUUUUAGUUAUUUAUACAAAUAUAGUGUUUGUGGUUAAUUAGUUAAAUAAAAAGCGAAACAAAAUGUCUGAAGAAUCGUCGGCCGAUCGAAAUGUCGAAAUAUGGAAGAUAAAGAAACUUAUAAAGAGUUUGGAAAUGGCCAGAGGAAAUGGAACAUCGAUGAUAUCCCUGAUCAUUCCACCUAAGGAUCAAAUCUCGAGAGUAUCAAAGAUGUUGGCUGAUGAAUUUGGUACAGCUUCCAAUAUCAAGUCACGUGUGAAUCGUCUUUCAGUGCUUGGCGCAAUUACUUCUGUACAGCACCGACUCAAGCUGUAUACUAAAGUGCCACCAAACGGCCUAGUUAUAUACUGUGGUACUAUUGUGACAGAAGAAGGUAAAGAGAAGAAAGUGAACAUUGAUUUUGAGCCGUUCAAGCCUAUCAACACAUCUCUUUAUCUCUGCGACAACAAGUUCCACACCGAGGCUCUAACGGCACUGCUGGCUGAUGAUAACAAGUUUGGUUUCAUUGUUAUGGAUGGUAACGGUGCAUUAUUCGGUACCCUUCAAGGAAACACUAGAGAGGUACUCCACAAGUUUACUGUCGAUCUCCCUAAGAAGCACGGUCGCGGUGGUCAGUCAGCGCUGCGUUUCGCUCGUCUCCGUAUGGAGAAACGUCACAAUUACGUCCGUAAGGUUGCCGAGGUAGCCACCCAGCUGUUCAUCAGUGCUGACCGGCCGAACGUUGCUGGCCUCAUCCUUGCGGGUUCUGCUGAUUUUAAGACUGAACUGUCCCAGUCCGAUAUGUUUGAUCCGCGUCUCCAAGCCAAGAUCAUAAAACUGGUGGACGUAUCAUAUGGAGGCGAAAACGGUUUCAAUCAGGCUAUAGAGCUGGCUGCAGAAUCCUUGCAGAAUGUCAAGUUUAUACAGGAGAAGAAACUAAUUGGACGCUACUUUGAUGAGAUCUCACAGGACACAGGAAAGUAUUGCUUCGGUGUCGAUGAUACACUGCGCGCUCUCGAACUCGGAUCCGUCGAGACGUUGAUCUGCUGGGAGAACCUCGACAUACAAAGAUACGUAUUGAAGUCGCAUGCCACCAACCAGGAAACAAUUCUCCACUUGACACCUGAACAAGAGAAGGACAAAUCACAUUUCACCGACAAAGAGAGCGGAGUGGAGCUGGAGCUUGUGGAGUGCCAGCCGCUGUUGGAGUGGCUGGCCAACAACUACAAGUCGUUUGGUGCCACCUUAGAGAUCAUCACGGACAAGAGCCAGGAGGGAAGCCAGUUCGUUCGCGGCUUCGGAGGGAUCGGCGGUCUCCUCCGUUACAAAGUGGACUUCCAAUCGAUGCAGCUCGACGACGAGGAAAUCGACAAUCUAUACGACAUCGACGACUAUUAGCUGGCAACACUGAAGGAACGAGACAAAUGCACGCGUCUUCAAAAGCGCCGCUCCAUUGCUGUACCGUGUUGCUUUUGUCUAAUCUGACGUGACCCAACAGAAAAUGCCUCUAUCCAAAAUAGUGUGUAUGUGUUCGGAAUGAAAAUGGAUCGUACAGAGAUUAUCAAAUAAGUUUUCAUUUUUUUUAAUGAAUUGUGAUCUUUGAUAGGGUGGGUGUUUUCUGUUGGACACCGUCCCGUUUUAUGAUGUUGUAAACGGAAAUUUGUUAUGAAAUAAACGAUGCGCAAUCGAGAAGCAGUUACUAUCUCA